AAUGAAGUGAAAAAGAAAGUAUAUUUUCAAUGAAGUGAAAAGGGAAGUACACUGUUAUUAGUUCGCAAUAUUUUCUUAUUGACUUUAAAUAUGGUUGACGUGAGCAUUGAGGCUGAAAAUGUCACUCAGUUGAGGUUACUACAAAGGGGAGACCACAUUGCAGUGGAGGGAGAAAUGGCGGGAGUCAAGUAUUAUCACCAUGGAAUCUUUCUAGGACACAGCAUAGGAGUGGCUGACUUUGGUGGUACGAACAAAGUAACUGCCACAGUUCGAAUCGUUGAUAUUCUAGAAUUCACUGAUCAGGGAAAAAGGCUAUUAGUUCGUUACAGAUAUCGGAGAUCUGAGUGUCUUCCAGCCGAGGAAGCAGCAAGGAAUGCGGAAGCUCUAGCAGCUAAUCCAAGGCUUUGGGGAGCAUAUGAUUUGAUAAAAAACAACUGCGAGCACUUUGCAACGAGAUGUAAAGUCGGACGAGCGGUAUCAUUUCAAGUUUUACAGAUGCUUAGGAAAUUUGUAGGUCUACUUGCCUCACCAGCUACAUCAUUAGCAGCAAGUAGCUCUCUCUCCGUAGGAGCCAGUGUAUACAUGGCAAAUAAUGCAAGCAAAUGAUCUUUUGACAGACCCUUGGUAUAUAUAAAAAACGGACAAUAACUCUGGUAAUGGCAUACUCUGUAAUGUUAUUUACAGACCAAACUUAACUAAACUUGUUAAAAUCUGAAACACAUAUUAGGUACUAUUUAAAUAUUCUACAACACUUAUUCUAAACUAUGUAUAGAUAUACAACAUGAAAGCAGUCCUUGCAUAUAGUCCAUGAAAAUAAUCGGAAAUUUCUAAUUCACUCCGAAUAUGUAAUAACUUAUUGUUACAGACGUCUGUGUACACAUAACACUUUCAUUAAAGGUAAUCUUUUUAUUAGUGCCACUACAGGACAAUCUUUUGAUAUCCGUUACGGCCGAAACUGUGCUAUUACGUCUGAACUCCGAAAAUAAGAAAAUAAUACAAAAUUUAGGAAUAUUUAUAUUUAAUGCAUUUAAGCUUAGACAGUCUACUUUGUAAUACGCUAUAUUAUUAUGUUUUAUGUUAUGGUUGUAGUUAAAUGUGUGUGUUUUUUUCAGGUCUUGUAUUUCGUUUUGGCAAGGCUGUGAAUGAAUUGAUUGUUCUAUAUAUGUUAUAUUUAAAUGUAUUGUUAAACGGUCAAUAUAUAUAGUGUCUAUUUGGUUGAUUGCUUCUGUUUUGAAGCUACUUAUCUAAGCAUUAAUUAUGCUUCUGUUUUGUUGAUUUGAAUAGAUCUAUGUCAAGUUGUACAACUCUUGUAAACUUGUCAAAGAUGAUCUUCUCCGUUUUUGUUUUGUUUGUUUAUGUGUUUUAUGAUUGUGACAAGUCUCCCCGUACAUUCAAUCAGGGCUGUUAUAUUUCGAUUUUCUCGUUUAUGUCGUGUUAUUGGUACUUUGUAGUUUCUCAACAUGACCAUUUCGGCCUGGGUGGUUCCAAUACUCUCGCUUUCAUAGCCUUGGGUAUUGUAUAAUCACCCCUUGGAUAUGGUGCCUGCUUUUUAAUUGUGUCUUUUGGCAGUUCCUGUGAUACGCAGGCUCCAUAACCUCAGAUCCCUUUCCUAAAUUCCAGUUUGUUUAGUUCUGCCCAUUGUUUUCUCGUUUGGGGCAAACCCUUUACUUUAUCUGGGGACCAAACGCCGCUCUUCAUGGAAUUAUACGCCUCAACACGUGUAUCAUUGAAGGUUCCAUAUUCAUCUGCGGAUGUCUCUAAAUUGCUUUUUGUACUUUUAGCAUGUUUAAAUGUUGAGUUCUGCUCAACCCGGGGCUAGAGGGCGUGGACGGUAGCCUGCAUUUCCACUACCGUCCAUGAACAGGCUCAAUCAAACCGAGCCUGCAACAUUUUCGUUUUUGUCGUGUUGAGCGACCUGUGGAGUGUCCACUUUUCUCUAUUUUGUCUUUUCUGUCGCUCGUCUACAUGUUAUAAAACUCUUUAUAGUAACUUUUAUAUCGUGAUGUGCACCACUGUUUGCUGUAUGUCUUGUAUUAUGUAAUAUUUAUGUCAUGAUGGGCUUUUAAGCCUAAAUGAUUUGCAAUAAUAUUGUCUUGUCUUGUCUUGUCAUAGCGUCAAACGGCAUAGCGGCGCGCUGGAAAAGAAACCGUUGUGACGUCAGAACAGUGAAUAAUUGUAUAAUAAUUCACUGUUUUCAGCCUUCUUUGUUUAAAAGGAAAAUGAAUCGGAUCGUGUUAGAAUAUAUAAUAUUCCGUACGUCUCGUAGACUAACAGAACCUCUGAAAACGUAUGAAUAAUCAUGAAUUUUAUGAAACUUACGUUAUGGAGCGUGUUUUUCGAAACAUUUUAAAUGGUAAAAUUCAUCGCUUAUGUAAAGAGAACAUUCUGAUUCACAAAUACUUCAAAAUUGUAAAACAUGUUUCAUCAACGGUAACUGGUUUGAUCAUUACUUUCUACUACCGUCACAUAUAUGUUUUUAGUAUGAAACGCUUUUAUGUUGGAUUCAGUAUUUCUUUAAUAUUUUUUCUUGUAUUUUUGUUUCUGUAUGUUUCGAUUGUUUUUGACAAUAUAUUGAUUACAAAUUAUUAUACAUGUAGUUUUGUCAAAAGGGAUAACUUCCGUUUUACUUGCGUAAGCAAGCAUUGAACCUGCAACAUCAGGGAAAUAAAUAAAACAACUAUAAAAUAAAACGUAUCAGUGUUGACCCUUUCAGCUGAUCGAGGUAUUACUAUAUACAUUUUGCACAGAUUUUUACAUGGUUUAUUUUAUAAUGUUCAGUCGUAAGAUGUUUAUAUAGAUGGUUACUCUUCCAAGAAAUACUUUUUUUUUCAACCUUGGAUAAGAAUUGCAUUUUAUACAUGUAUAUUGAAGAAAUAGUCUAUUUCUAGGAUAAAUGACUUGACUAAGUAUCAUGUUAUAUUAACAGUACAUUUCUGCAAAUACAUUUCUUUCAAUAAUGAUAGAAACAUCAUAAUAAGUUGUUUUGUGUGUUCAUUGUUUAUUGGAAUGGCAGACUGUCUUUUAUAGUAAUUGUUAUAGUGUGUGAAGAACAUAAUUAUGCAGUCCUUUUACAAAUAUUUACAACUGUGUAAGAUUUCAGCUCGACUAUACUAAGUGCAUGGAGAGCCGUCUUACUCGACCCAGCUUCGGCGUCGUAAUUAUUUGCUGGAUUUGCUUCAAACUUGAAUCAUAACCAAAAUCAUAUCGCUGAAGGGUCAUAACUCUCGCACCAAAAUUUCAUGAAUCUUGCACUCUUUUUACUUAAAAUUAAAGGUUAUAGUUUUGCUGCUCUUUCAGUCUAUCUCAGUUAUUACUAAACGGAUUUGAAAACAACUUCAAAUAAUUGUUUCAUAUAAUCAGCCAGAUCAUAUUACUCAAGGGUCAUUACACUGGAACAAAUUUUAUGCACACUUUUUUGCUUUGAAUUUAAGGUUAAUUUUGAUGUAUAUUAUCUAUAUCUCUGUUAUAACUGAAAGCGCUUAAUCAAAACUUAAAUGCUUUUUCGAUCUAUCACCCACUUCAUAUAACACAAUGUCUGUUUAACGAAACUCAUGCAUUAUGACCUAUUUCAACUUAAAAUUUCAGGUUAAACUUUUUGAAUUUGAUUCAAACGUAAAUAAUUUUCCACAUCAUCAACAAAUUCAUACGACACAUGGAAAAUAACUCUUGUCCCAAUAUUUCAUGAAUCAUGGCCCCUUUUUACGUAAAAUUUCUGGUUUAUUUUGAGGCACUUCCUCUAUAAUGAAUGUAUCUUUGUUAUUAUUUUAUGAAUUUGAUUAAACAUAAAAUAGUUUCAACUUGUGAUGUACGUUUGCUUAAUCUCAGAUAUAAAUAAAUAGAUUUGAUUCAAACUUAAAUACAUGUUCCACAUUAAAAGCCAGAUGAUUUAACAAAUGAUGCGAUAUUUUUCAAUGAAUUAUGUUCCUUUUAUGCUAAGUAAAUAUUUUGAUACUUUUUACCUGCACAUCUGUUAUUACUAAACACAUUUGACACAGACGUAAAUUUUUGUUCAGUAAAUUCGUUAACAUUUUAAUCAUUGAGCACUCCAGUGAAAGCUCCAGUUUCCUCAGAUGUGCCCAAAUACACUAUGCAACAUGGACAUAAUCGAACGCGCGGUCUCUUGUGACUGCUCUUGUUCUGAUUUAUCCAUAAAUGAUUGUGCCUUAUAUCAGCUCCUACAUCUAUAUAUAUUGUGUACUUUUAUCUGGUUUAGAUAGAUUUGUUGAGUUAAUGAUGUUUGUUUUACCUAAAAUCCUAUUUUGAAUUAAUCAUAUUGUAUAUAGCUUCCAUAUAUUGUAUCCAAUAUUAUGAUUUAUUUUGUUAUUUUGGUGAAUUUUAAUUGUAUUGUUAAAAUUAGUUAUUUGCACUAGACAUUAAACAAGCAGUCGUGAAUUAUUAAGCAGAUCUGGAUGACUUAAAUAAACUUCUAAAU